AUGUUAACUAUAAUAGACUGGUGGAGUGUCCCGUCGGCCGGUGGCGAACAGUUUGGCCACUAUUCUCUAUGUGUGGCCAAUAUAGACAACUCCAUCGGCGGUUCCGAUAAAAUAAUAGUCGGGAAUUUGAAUGGAUUAUUGAGAUUAUAUAAUGUCGGUUCAAAUCCGACGGAAGAGGGUUUACCUGCUUUUGCGGCCAAUGAUUUGCUAAUGGAAAUGGAUUUUAAGAUUCCUAUCCUUCAAAUAUCGACUGGACUGCUAUUGUCGGCCACGACUAACAUUCAAUUGGCUGUUUUACAUCCUAAAAAACUGUCCAUUUACUCGAUCUCUUCAACGGCUGGAGUGACAGAACACGGGUCCGCUUAUAAUAUACUUUUGAUUUACGAGCAUUUGCUACAGAGAAGUGCCUUCACUAUGACAUUAGGACCUUUUGGACAUAUCAGAGGAAAGGAUUUUUUAUGCGUCCAAUCAUUGGAUGGCAAUUUAGUCUUCUACGAACAGGAAAGUCUCGCUUUCAAUAGAUUUCUUCCCAAUUCUCUACUUCCCGGUGCGAUGGCAUACAUAGCCCACAGCGACUCAUUCAUUGUGGCCACAUCUUUGUGGACGAUCGAGAGCUACAGGUAUCAGGUGUUGGCCAUCGCUAACACCGAUGACAACACCAAUAGCGGCCAAACGAAGGGCCGAAAAGUAACACCCGAUUGGAGCUUAUCUUUAGGCGAAUCCGUAAUCGAUCUGAAAGUUGUUUUACUCGAGAAAUCCAACCAUUAUAUCGUUGUUUUGGGCGAAAGAAAUCUGUAUUUAUUGAAAGAGAACGGAAGCAUUUGGGUUAUGAAGAAACUCGAGUUCAGCCCCAGUUGUAUGACUGCCUAUUCUAACGAUACUAACGACGCGAUCAUAUCGUUGAUCGCCACCAAUAUCUCCACAUUAAUCAUUUAUAGCAACGAUAGGGCGAUGUGGGCGACACAACUGCCCUUCACGCCCAUCGCUAUACAGCGGGCCUUCUUUCCCAAUCUGUUAGGGGCUGUCAUUUGUCUCUCAGACGACGGAUCCAUUUGUUGCGGAUAUUUGGGCACAAAUCCGUCCAUAAAGAUAGUAUCGGUGCCCAACUCUCACGUAAUAACUCAAUCCAAUUAUUCAGAAUCGGAAUCAGAAUUACAAGAAUUGCGAACAAUUAUCAAUUCACAUAAUCUGGAGGGCAAUACAGUGGACACAAAAGUGGUUCGCAAUGAUCUCAUGAUAACUAUAUGUGACGUUCAGACAAUAUCUGGUGUCAUGAGCUCCAAGACAUCAAACCCUUUGUUUCAAAUUUCAAUCCAAUUACAAACGACAAGUACUCUAUUUGUCGCCUCAACUAAAGUGGAUCUCAUAGUCUCGUAUACCAACGAAGACGGCGCCCCCAGAGUUGUCUCCAAAAGCAUUCACAUCCCAAUCAAUAUAUUCUCAAAACUUUGUUCACCACUAAAAGAAGUGGAGCAUAAAGUGUCAUUCGAUACGAUAACCAGUGGUCAACCCAUCAAUUUGGCCGAAAUAUUUUCCGAUAUGUUUGACACCAAUAACAACAAUACCUCUGCAGUGGGUUUCGAGAUAUACGACGACCACUAUAUUGUCUCAAUCUAUACAUCGAUUAAUAAAUCAAUGAAUCAAAAGUUUGUGAUUUUAAGCGAAUCGUUGGGCGGAAUGGCAUUCAUAGCAAACGAAUUGAUCCGACGUUUGGCUAAAAACAGUGUUAAAUACGAUGUCUCUAAUUUGGACAUCAGUUUUAUACCAUUAGCUAAUCUGUUCGCUCUGAUUGACGACCACCUGAUGGCCAGACAUCAUGUGAUGAAUUUGCAAACAUGUUUGGCCAAUAGUGCCACACAAUUCCGGGCCAUUCAGAAGCGAUUGCUUAUUAAACUAAAGGACAGAAACCCGACGCCACUAAACAAUCUUGAAACUUUACUUAAAGUAUCGCAAACUCAGAUUAACGCAUAUUCAGAGAGUUUAUUAAAAGCCACAACUGAUUUACACAAUAAGAAUUCACACUUGAGUUCUGGUUGGGAAGAGAGAACUGAAUUAUGUUUGCAUACAGUUCUGGAAAGCUAUGGCAAAGAUGGGCCCAAAAUGAACGAACAGUUGGCUAUUCCUGACACAAGCGAUACUAUUAAACGACUCAUUAAUAUAUUAGUGAAUCGUAUUUUCAAAGGAGAAACUAUUAAUAAUAGGGAUACGAGUCGUGAGACUAAAGGCAACAGAAAUUUCAAACAAAAUUCAAUCAUCAAUGAAGAGGAAGAAUACAACGAACUCACAGGCGAUGAAUAAAACGAGUCAACAAAAUGCAAUCCAAUUCAGUAUUUUUAGUCCAUAAGACAUAGUAAUUGUGACAACAAAUAUAUAUUAACCGC